AUGAGAGGACGGGACAAGAGUGGGGAUGCAGCGGCCGAGUUCGCUAUCGUGUUCUCGAGACCAGCACAGCGGUACACGGCCGAGGGAGCGCCCUGGGAAGCGCAUCAAGGUUCUGAAGAGGCCGAGAUGACCGGAAGAACAGGCAUGCCGAAGAAGGCAACCAAUGAUGCGAGCUUCGCUCAAUGUGGGGCUGAAACAAUGGCAGAGCAGCGGGACCGAGGCGCACAUGGCUGCAAGACGUCGACAUCGCGACGUCACUUGAUGCACACACAAUGUUUGCAAACUGCGGCGUGGUCAGAGUGCGGACGAAGAGAGCGUGAUAGUGUGAUAGGCAAGAUGGCAGCGAAGCUCGCUCGAGUUGCCGCUUCCUUGUCAACAGUCGAGACCCGCAAUCGCUUUCAUUGCUCUCGGCUACAUGGACAAAUCAACCUUCCCGACGGUGAAGCGAGGACCACUGUAACGGCGAUACGGAUACGCAUACACUUUGCCACGCGGUCGUCCUUCAUCUGCAAGCUUAUCUCGUCCGCUGCGGGAGAUGCGUCGUGUGUGCUGUACAUCCUGAAACUACGGCGCAUUGCAUGA